CCUGGGAGAAUUUUUCGGUACGGCCACUCUCAUGUUUCUCGGAUGCAUGGGGUGUCUGGAUGGUUUCGACAACGUUACUAGCAACUUCAGCCGAGGCAUCAUAUUUGGCUUUACGGUUAUGGUGGUGAUCCUCACGUUUGGCGUGGUCUCUGGAGCGCACAUCAACCCGGUAGUUUCCAUAGCUGCCUAUAUCUAUGGUGAUCUUUCAUGCUUGAUGGUCCUAGUUUACUUUGUGGCUCAGUUUACCGGUGCUUUAUGCGGUUACGGACUGCUGAAGGGUGUUGCUCCUCAGGCCUAUUUCGAUCAAGCAUUAGUUAACGGUCAUGGAAGCUGUGUCACGGCUCCACAUGCCAGUCUUACAACAGGUGCCGCUUUGGCAAUUGAGUUCAUCGUUACGGGUAUUCUCAUAUGGGCAUGCUGUGGAGUUUGGGACCCGCGUAACGCCAAACAUCAGGAUUCUGGUCCAGUAAAGUUUGCACUGUUAGUAGCGGCUAUCUCGGUUGCUGCAGGUCCGGCCACCGGCGCCAGUAUGAACCCUGCCCGAACACUAGCGCCAUGCGUUUGGAACAAUAGUUAUCACAAAAUAUGGAUUUACUUUGUGGGCCCACCCUUGGCCGGUAUCAUAAUGCCAAUAAUAUACAAGUACGUAUUUCGAGGAGAGGUAAAUAGUGAUGACGAACUGGUUAACCAACCGCCUCCUCGAGAGCAGGUGUGCGUUUCCAAAGGUGUCAAUACUACUUAUCAGCAGCAACGGUCCCCACGGCGCAGCGGGUUUUCAGUGGCAUCGUGCGACGACGGCUAUCAGUUUGCUCGUAGCAUCGAACUCGCUAGCACUCCCAGCAGCAAGUCGUCGGCGCAUCGACGAAUCCUCGUUGCAUCACAGCUCAUUUCCGAACAGCAGCAGCAGCUUCUGCGUGAACAGUGUCUUCUGUAUCUGCCACGAGUGGCGUUUCCUUUUGCUCCUUUUACGAACAGCACAAUGAAAAAAUCCACGAUCGAUAACAUUUCGGUAUUUCUGGCCGAAUUGAUCGGCACCGGUUUGCUGGUGAUGUUAGGUUGUAUGGGAUGUGUUUCCGGUUUAGGCCAUACCCCUUCGCACUUUGAAUUGUGCAUCAACUUUGGUCUAAUAGUGAUGAUCAUCGUGCAAGUGUUCGGAUGCGUUUCCGGAGCUCACCUUAAUCCAGCCGUGACUGCAGCCGCCUGGGUCUACGAGUUAGUUUCCACCAAGAUGGCCCUGGCAUACGUUGCAGCACAAUGUCUAGGAGGCUUCAUGGGUUACGGCAUCCUGAAGCUGCUAACACCGGUAGCCGUGUUCAGUGAUGCCUUGGAAAAGGGAGCGGGAUUCUGCGUGACACAACCGAAUAGUGCCAUCACAAGCAUGCAGGCAGUUGGCAUUGAAUUUGUUGCAACGAUGGUAUUGAUCUUGGUGUGCUGUGGUGUAUGGGACCCGCGCAAUGCCAAACAUCAUGAUUCGGUGGCCCUGAAGUUUGGUUUCACUGUCGGAGCUCUUGCCGUCGCGGCGGGCCCUUACACGGGUGCGAGUAUGAAUCCGGCACGUUCAUUGGGUCCAGUCCUAUGGAACGGAGUGUACAACGCCCAUUGGAUAUACUGGGUUGGUCCGCUAGGAGCUGCGUUUUUGACUGCCUUCGCCUACAAAGCUGUAUUCCGGCGGGAAGCACCGGUUGAACAACUCAACCAUGAGCUAGCAGCACUGAACACCGACAAAUCCAAUGCUUAAA